CUGACACCCUCUCUCACAUUUGUAUUUCCUGCUCCACGUACAUUUCAAACACUCUCACCUACAGACACACUACCUUCUCUGUCUGACACCAUCAAUUAUAUAUCUCGCUCUCAAACGCACACAUGCACGCACACACACACGUGUACACACGCCGGUGUGUGUGCUUCUGCUCUGUGAUUUUCCAAUGAGGCGUUUUUGGGGGCUGGUUUUGGAGCGGCUGGUGUUUCUGUCUGAAAACUUCAAACUGAGUAAUUGCAGGAAACAGAAGAAGAAGGUGAUCCUGACAGUUUACCUCAAUGACACCCAGCAGAUGCUAACCGAGGUCCCUGUCACUCCAGCGACCAGAGUUAUCGAUGUGGUGGAGUACUGCAAAGAGGCCGGUGAGGGGGAGUGUCACCUAGCUGAAGUAUGGAACGGGCAUGAGCGAGUUCUCCCUCAGGAGUUGUUAUUGUUGGAUCUCCUUCAGCAGUGGGGAGCCAGGAGGCCCGAGGUCAGCUUCUACCUCAGACACUGCCCUUCCUGGACACAAGGAGGUCAGCAGCCUUUGGAGCAGAGCUGGACCACAGCAGCAACGGCAGAAAGUGCUAAUGACAAGGUUCCCCGUGUGGAGCUGACCCUCUCUGAGCUCCAAGAAAUGGCCACAAGACAACAACAACAAAUAGAGGCCCAGCAACAGAUGUUGCUCGCCAAGGAACAGAGACUGAGGUAUCUUCAGCAAGGAGGCAGAUCCAACCAGGGACAGUCACAGUCUGAAGCUGAGAAGCUGCAGCGGCUCAAAGAGCGAGUGGAGACUCAGGAAGCGAAGCUGAAGAAGAUCCGAGCCAUGAGAGGCCAAGUCGACUACAGCAAGCUGAUCAACGGAAACCUCUCUGCAGAGAUUGACCAUGUGAGCAGCCUGUUUCAGGAGAAGCAGGCGGAGCUGCAGACUGCGGUGAUCAGAGUCGACCAGUUGACUCAGCAGCUGGAGGAUUUGAGGAGAGGACGCCUGCAGCUACACUCUGGUGCACCAGGUCAGGGGGCACCCACGGGACCCCAGGGUGCAGGCACUGGUCAUAAAGGAUCGCCUCUUUCAGGCCCUGCAGCUCUGGAGCUGAGGAAACUUUACCAGGAGCUGCAGGUAAACUAUACCCCGAGCAAACACUUGGCCUUUGCCAAGCAGUCUUUACGGCUAAUUGAAAAGAUGUGUAGUAAAUGUUUAUGUCUCAAUCUGGUUGGAAAAAGAAAGGACACCUGUUCUUCCUCAUUAUCUACCAACACCUCCGCUUUAAGUCGUAUGAAUGGAGGCACUCUGUCCUCCCCUCAAAGCUCUUCCCACCCCGGUGCUGGAGUUUCGGGUCGAGUGGCAGCUGUCUGCCCCUACAUCCAGGUUCCAUCCGAGGGGAGACAAGAGCCAGGGUACCCGCUCCCAGCUGACCCACCGCCCAAACCCACCCCUCUCAGCCACAUUCGCUCCCUCUCAGAGGAAGAGAGGAGUGCCAUCAGGAAGCCUCCCGGCCAAUGGAAAGAGUCAGAUUUAGACAUCGUCCUGUCAGAGCCCACUGAGCGGUGGGAGGGGCCUCUGUCCCCUCAGGGGGGCGACAGUAACACCAAUGAAGCACCGUGGCCCACCAUCACUAAGAGCGUAACAGACUGGAGGACCAACAGUCCAGAACAGCUUCCCUCUGGUUAUGGUACGUACCCCAGUGCCACCCACCAGGCAGCUGCACAUCACUGCGCCACGAGCUCCCUGCCUCGUUCUGCCCCUGGUACACUGGGUUGGCCUCGAUCCGGUGCCGCCUCAUCCCCCCAUUCAUCAUCGCCCUCUUCACAGCAAAUACAGCACCGUAUUUCUGUCCCUCCUAACUCAAGCCAAGGUUCUGCCACCACCUCCCAGCCCUCCCCACUGUCCCCACAAACAGAGCGGACAGAUCCCCCUCCGGCGGUGGCCGUACGUCCCUACGUCCCGGACCAUCCCUCCAGGCCACAGUCCCCCAGGAAGGGCCCUGCUACUAUGAACAGCAGCUCCAUCUACAGCAUGUACCUACAGCAGCCUCAGGCCAAAAACUACGGAUCUCUGAGCAACAGGGCUGCUGUCAAAGCAGUCUACGGUAAACCCAUCCUCCCCUCCUCCUCCACUUCUCCAUCCCCUGUCUUUUUCCUCCAGGGGGGAGGAGGAGGAGUAAAAAUAUCAGGGGAGGAAGUUACAGAUAAAGAUGGAGGAAAAGGAGAAGGAGGAGAGAGCGGCGAAGGCCAAAUUCAACCUCCACCCAGUGUGGACAACAUCCCUCGUCCCCUCAGUCCCACUAAGCUCACCCCAGUUGCCCACUCUCAGCUCCGAUACCAGAGUGAUGCAGACCUGGAGGUUCUCCGCCGCCGCUUCAGCAACGCGCCGCGGCCCCUCAAGAAACGGAGCUCGAUCACUGAACCUGAAGGCCCUCAGGGCCCAAACAUCCAAAAACUGCUCUACCAGAGGUUCAACACAUUAGCAGGAGGCAUGGAGGGAAGCUCAGGCAACACUUUCUACCAACCGGACUGCCUUUUGGGAGACAUGGACAACAUUCAUUCAGCUAAUGGAAACGUAGAACGUGGAGAUAAACAGGUCGCUGCAGCAGCCGCGGAGAGCGAAGCCCAAAACCUGAAUUUGGAUUCCCGCCGUUCGUCUCCUCCUGCAGUUACGACAGAAUUAUCCAAAGAGACAACAGCGGCGUCAGAGACCGGCAACGGCGUCUCACCAUCGACCCAAUCAAGCCCGAUUCCUGUACCCGAGAGAGCAGAGGACCAAAAUAAUAACAACCAGAGAGGCUCUAGUCCUGCUCAAAACUCAGUUGGCCACGUCUCUCCUUCACCAUCUCCUCCUGCCCCGCCCACUCUGCCUAAGUGUCUUCACAGGACCCCGCUGCACUGUGCAGCUUCAUGUAACAGCGUCCACCUCUGCAAGAUGUUGGUGGAGUCAGGGGCGGCCAUUUUUGCCACAACGAUCAGCGACGUGGAAACAGCCGCGGACAAAUGUGAAGAAAUGGAAGAGGGCUACACCCAGUGUUCCCAGUUCCUUUACGGUGUGCAGGAAAAGUUGGGUGUGAUGAACAAAGGUUUAGUCUACGCCCUGUGGGACUACACAGCCCAGCAGUCUGAUGAGCUCUCCUUCAGCGAAGGUGACGCUAUCACUGUGGUGCGUCGCCAUGACGACACCGAGACAGAGUGGUGGUGGGCGCGCCUGAAUGACCGCGAGGGAUACGUGCCCAGAAAUCUGCUGGGGGUGAGAGAACCGAAACCAAAACAGCGACUCUGGUGAAAAUAUUACAGUGAGAAAGUCUGACAUUAGUAUAAGAACAGGUACAACUCAAGGACAAAAAGAGAGAGAAAGACUUCAAAGGAGGCGAUGAUACUGUGAGUUUUAUCUCCUCAGGCAGAGUAGAGUGAUGAUAUAAACACGAUCGCCUUACUUUCACAGUGCCAGGAGGACCCAGCGGAGGAUCUAAGCCUGUAAACAUAUUCAUACGGUGCCAACAGUUGUGCCAUGUAGCAGCAAAUCAUAAAAUCAACUCUAAGACACACAGAAAGCCAGUGGAGAGAAGCCAGAUUAGGAGUUAUGUGAAAGUAGGAAGUGGAGAUGCUGCUCUGUGGGAGGCAAGAGAGAAACGUUUCAUGUGCACCACAAAGAGCAGAGUUGCAGUAAAUUGGUCAAGAGAAAACAAAAGUGUGGACGACUUGUUCCAAGUCAGA